AUGGACGCCGUCGAGUCGCCCAAUGCCACCUCCGAAUCUGGUACCCUCAGCCCAGCGCACUUCAAUCACUCACGCAAGCGGAAGCAUUCCGGGUCUACCGACCGUCCCACCCGCGAGUAUGGGUUGAUGCGAGACACGGGCAAGCAUGACACCGCCCGAUUUGUCGGCAGUGGAAGCGGGAUUCACUUCAUCCGGGGCGUCUACGUGAGGCUCGCGCGCAAGUCUGCCCUUCGCACAUCGCAGUCCAACAACAUCAACGACCUUGUCCCCGGAGAAGACGACCAGCUGCAACGGGAGACUUCGUCCCGAGAUGGUGACGACUUGAGCCUAUGGAGGCCUCACGAGCUUGCGCCUGAGACUGAGGGCGAUAAUGGCAAUCCUUCCUUCGAGCAGCUUGUUGAGUGGUCCAAGAGCUACUUCGAAGCCUGGCAUCCGACACUUCCUUUCCUCAGUGCACCCGAUGUGUUGGGUUUCUUUGAAGAAGUCAGCUCGACUGGCAUAACUGCCCUUGGACGUCUCGAGCGAUCCAUCGUCAAGUCCAUCUUGUCGAUAUCGCUCGCCGACAGCCGCCAAAAAGCCCCCUUUUCCCAGCCGGUUCCGGACUCUCUCGUCUUUCGAACAGUCGAGGAGGCUAUGUCUGCUUCGCAGUUCGCUCUCUACCAACCAGCAUCCAUUCAAGCCACCCAAGCCGCACUCGCGAUACAACUCUUCCUGGUCUCGAUGCUGCGGCUCAACUCGGCCUCGCGACUAGGCGGCCUAAUUGUUCGCAUGGCGUUUCAUCUGGGCCUGCACAGAUGUCCCUCAAGAUACCCAUUUUUCACGAAAGAAGAAGCCCACAUGCGCCGACGGGUGUUCUGGUGUAUCUAUUCCACGGAAAGGUUUCUGUGUCAAGCGCUCGGUUUACCUCUGGAUAUCCGAGACGACGACGUUGAUGUUUGUUAUCCAGGAGAAGAAAAACACGGGCCUUCAUCUGACGCAGACGAUAACCGCUUGCAGCUAUUGACCUACCUCGUCAAACACGCAAGGAUACGAGGCCUCAUUCUAGAGCUGCGGAAUAAGUCGAUUCACGUCCGAGACGACACCGCAGAGACGUCAAGCUACGUUCAGGCCGAGCUGGCAAAGUGGUCCAACGAAAUCCACGACGCGGUCGAGGACGAGCCGAGCAUGGUCGAUGCACCAGAAGAGAAUACAACUCAGCCGCCGCCGAUAUCCGCAGGACAUCGCAUCUUCCUGUUGCUGCUGAAGUACGAAUCCAUGAUUUCCCUCAACCGACCGAUGAUGACGUCGGAUCCCGCGAGUCCCGCGUACUCGGCAGGGCUGCAGAACUGCAUCUUUGCCGCAAAGUCAAUCUUCAUUGCACUGAAGAGGUACCUCAACCAACACAAAAUGUCGGGUGACCCAACCAGCGCGUGUCUGUCUGAGCCGAUGCUUCAGCCCUCGUUUACUUGGGCAGUCUGGAUCAGCGCUUUCAUUCUCAUCUAUGCUGCCUUCGAAAGACAGCUGCCCCUAUCAAGCGCCUUGAAGCAUGUCGAGUCUGGGAAAGACAUACUUCGCCACAUAGCCUCCCGCGACACCUCGUGGCCAGAAUACUGCUUGUCUGCAAUCGACGAGCUCACAGCAGCAGUACGAGAAUUAUCCGUCCCGCCGAAUCUACUUCGGAGGCAGCCGAGUAGCCAACAACACUCCACGCUUCGCCAGACACGUCCAAACGAUGUUGCGAACGGGAACCGGCCUGGGAGCAGCCCCAACAGGUCGAGGGUUUUGAGGUCAAAUGCACAAGCCGGCACGUCCCAGCCAAGGACCAGAUUUUCUCCUUCAGUCGCGGCCUCUACUGGCCGUUACGAUGAACAAGUCUCUGCUGCAGCGGACAACGUUCCGUGGACACAGCCCGCUAGUGACGGACUUUCUGCAACAGAAGACCCCAUGAACCGAUGGCCGACCAACACCUCACCAGCCUCGGGCCCUUCUAUGAAUGCGACCUGGUCGACGAGUACUCCAGACGCGCAGUCGUUUCAAGCGACGGCCACGCAGGACUCUCCUAGCUUCGACAAUCAGCACUUCUGCAUACCGCUUGCUGCAGCAUCGUUCCCAUCGGCGAAUAACUCCGAGACGGCGCCCGGGGAAGGGCAAGAGUCGAUGGUUUGGUAUGAUCAGCUGUUCGCCAACUCGUUCGGGGCGAUCGACUACCCGUUUCUUGCUGCCGCACAGUUCGAUCCAUCCGUUGAUCCUACUUGGGCAUAUCUUCGAUGA